AUGACAAUUGAUGUCAAGGAUUUGACAACUGGAUGCACAACCUUCAACCACUGUGCAACGCAAACAUAUCGCAAUUCGUUGAUAUCACUCUUGGAGCUGACUGGUGCUUAUGUAAUACAAAAUUAUUAUCCAGUUUAUGUAGGAUUCAACCCAAUAAACCAAGCCAUGCUAACCCAAAUGCACCUCGCAAACAUCAACAACCAACACCAACACCACAUCCCCUACCACAAUCAUCACCAUAAUUUGCAGCAAAUGAAUCACGGCAACAUGUACAACCAGCAAGGCCUCGCCAACAAUUAUUACCAGACAGGGAACAUGGAGACCGGAGUUACAGGAUCAGAUCUUCAUGUGCAUUCAGGUCAUGUCGAAGGAGGAAAUGACGGAAGACACCAGCAACACGAGGAAGAAAAAUAUGCAGAAGGAGGACACGACGAGACUGAUUCAGGAAAACACGAAGAGAAGGGCGAAGAGGAUAAGAAAAAUAAAAAGAAGAAAUUAAAAAAGGGAUUUCAUGAUGUUUACAAGAAAAGAGAAAAGAAGUCGAGGAAUAAGUUUUGGAACAACUAUGAUAGGAAAGGAAGUUACUACAGAUCUAAGACAAAGGAGGGACACGACCACGAAGAAAUAUCUGGAAAGGAUUCAAAUUCUGACUAUAAUAUGAUGGACCUAGAAAAAAAAAUUAAAGACGGAGAUUGGGACAAUGGUUUCCUUAUGUCUUGGAAGAUGAAACUUGCACCGAACGGUACAUACGUCAAAUACGACCAAGAUAUAAAGGAAGGAUACUACGAUCCAGCUUGGAGCCAGGACUACGUACAAUAA